GCAUUGCAACAAGUGAACCUGAAAGCCACCUACUCCAUCCAAUCAUGUCGCAAACAGCUCUCCCGGAACUGAGCUACACGCCCGGCGACCUGACGGAGCCGCAGUUCCGGCUGCCCUCGCACCAGGAGCUGCUCGACCAGAAGCGCAACAGCACGGACAGCGUGCCACUUGGUCGUCUCACCUUGGACACGCGCGACACGCAGCCCAUCAAGUACCGGGAGCAGCUUGGCUCGGCGGCGGGUCGUCAGUUUCCGGCAUUGGCAGCGGCCCAAAAUCGCUAUACGGAUCACUUGGAGCGCAGCAGCGAGCUGAGCUUUGCUUGCCUGGAGCCCGGCAAGGAUCUAAUCUCUUUGCCGACAGUGGGAAUACGAAGCUUUGAUCCCGAUCCCGUACCCGUAUCCGAACCCGAUUUGAUCAAGAAGAUGCCGCUGCACUCGAUCACGGAGAAGCCCAACGAGCGGUGUCCAUCGCCAGUGGUGCCGGCAUAUGCCAAUUUCGAGCUGGCCAAGCGGAUGCACCAGGACAAUCUGGACCACCAGCCGCUGCCCGAUUGCGUGGCCGAUUUGGCGUUCCGGCGGGCGCAGAUAUCCGGCGGACAUGCGGGCCUGGCCCCGGAAAUCGAUCCCAUUGCCACGGGCGUGGGUGUGAAAACGCACAACGCGGGUCCGACGCACUGCACCAAGAUGAAGGUCUUCCGUCCGAAGACCGGCGGUGGCAUCGUGCCACGUGCCCUCGGCAAUGGCGACGCCUUCCGGGGCGUUGGCUCCGCUCCGGCCAAAAAGAUGGGACCCAUGGAUUUGGCCAUUUGUUGGGACUUCAAGCCGGCGAAUCCGGCGGAUGAGCCGCGCCUGGCCAGGCACAUAGACGGCUCCAAUGACUCCGCUGGACCGGCUGUCUUCACCUGUGUGAAAACGCCUCGCGAGGAGCAGUCCUCGGACUUGGGCCGAUCGGCUGGCGUCUUCACCAGCACGCUUGGUGAGGCGGAUUUCUUCGACAAGGACAUCCUGAGGAAACGAACGGAUUUUGGCGGUGCCCGUUUGGAUCGCGAGGAUCCGUGCGCCUGCGACUACUCGCCACCGGCCAGACAAAGAGCACGCAGUGUCUCCCGCGAUUCCAGUGCAUCGCAUUGCAGGCGAGGAUCGGGCAUCGGCGGUCCAACUGGCGGUGUGAGUUUCGGCAACUUGGCGGAGCUGCCCGGUCGCGGGAUGCCCGAUCGACUAGCCAAGCAGUAUCAAUCGUCACCCCUGCUGGGCGACAAAGCCUACCAGGCCUUGAGGGAGAAAUAUUUGGGUCCGGACUCUGGACAGGAUUGCAGGGCCAUGGAUUGCCGGCCAGCGGGUGGUCCACCCUGCAAGCGGGACGUUCUCCUCCGGCGUCCAGCUCGCCGUCUCUGCCACAAGGUGGCUCCAGCUCCCAGAUGCUGUCCCCCAUCGUUCGGCGGACAUGGCCACAACCAUGGACACGGACACGGACACGGACAUUGCCUGACCAGCAAGGCGGCAUUUCGCGCCGGAGUGCCCAAGCACAAUGCCUCCGGCGAUUUCGUGGGCAUAGAGCCGGGCUGUGGAGGCGGCGGCGGUGGUGUUGGUGGUGGUGUUGGUGGUAGGGUUCUGGUGGUGCCACGCCCCCGGCAGCCGUAUGCCAAAAAGAACUACGACAUCGAAACCCUGGUGCCGCCCUUCCAAAGCCAAGCGGGCGGAGCGGGUCAGGGCGGUUAUCCGGAGCACUGGCGAUUGGCCAGUGUCUAUCAGCACGCCUACAAGCCCAUCGACCAGCGGAGGCGACCCCUUCUCCAAACUGUCUACAAGUAGGCCUGUCCGUUAAGAGCGUUGUCCGCUCAAGAGAGAAAUGUCUAGACAAACGGGCUAACGAAUAAUAAAAAGCUAUGAAAAAUGUUACUUUUUCAACUGCCGAAAACAAACGUCUAGUAUAAUGAUUAUAUAAUUGUUUCCAAGCAUCUCAUAAACUAAGCAAGAAUAUUAACUCAUCUACUUAAAUGUGUGCUAGUCAUUAGCAUUAAAUUGUUGCGACUGCAUCUGUACACAAAGUUAGUCGGAAAAAUCGGUCCAAGAAUAGGAAAUCACAAGUUUAUGUAUAAAAAACAAAUGUUAUAUAUUAGAAAGCAUAUAUAUAUAUAUAUAUAAAGAGAUAUGGGCAAACAUACACAUACAUAUAUGAAUAAACGUGCAAACAUCAAGUACUUAG